AUGAAUAUCAAUGAGAAGUUGCAGCGUGCAGAUGGAACUGAGAAAGCAAAUUCAAGAUUGUUUAGAAGUUUAGUUGGUGGCUUAAAUUAUCUAACACACACUAGACCUGACAUUGCCUUUUCUGUUAGUGUUGUGUCCAGAUUUUUGCAAAGUCCACCAAAGCAAAACUUUGGUGUUGCAAAAAGAAUUCUUCGCGAUGUUGCUGGAAUAAUAGACUUUGGUAAUUGGUAUUCUAAAGCGUCAAAUUUCAGAUUGGUUGGCUUCAUUGACAGUGAUUGGGCAGGCUGCUUGGAUGAUCGGAAGAGCACUUCCGUAGUCAAGCCGGGCACUUGGUUCGAGUCAGUGACAUGGAGUUCAAAGAAGCAGAAGACAGUAGAUUUGUCAUCAUCUAAGCGGAGUACACAGAAGCAACUUUAG